UACUUCUUUUCAAAACAUUCAGUCGUCCUUUCAUUUCAGUCUGGUUUGUUUCGCUUUAUUUGAAGAAUUGUCGACAAAGGCAGAUCUGAAGAGCUUAUUGCAGCAGUGAGAAAUGUGAGGCAUCGAAGUAUUAGCUGAUUGGAUUCUGCCGAAUUGGUCUCGUCUCGUCUGCGAUAUUGAAUCCAAUUCCGGUCAGACUGGAAAGUCGAAAAAUGCAGCAUCUUAGUGAGACACCUUCGAAGGGCUCAAGUCGCCUUGCAAUGGACCACAGGGCAUCUUUCUUUGCUGAUACUGUCAAGCAGCUGGCCCAGUCCUAUGCUAGUAUUCCAUCAUGCCCUUGGAGAAAGGUUGAAAAGCUGUUUGAAAUGUGCCCAGCAAUACCUGCGGCUGGUUUUCGCCUGUCCAUCAACCGUCGCAAUGUGAAUGCUGUGACGGCCCUAGGCUCCUACAUAUUCAAGUCAGACUAUCAUCAUCAAAGCACUCUGAUCCCAUACCUGCUAGACUUGGUGGGUGCAUUGCAAGACAUUGAUCAGGUCCUGUGGAUGGAUGGGGAAGCUCUUCUUCCUAAUGAUGGUCUUCUCGCCGAGGACCUGUCUUUCAACCUGUGCCUGCUAAUGACCGAAGUAGCUCGACACCAGGAUGACUGGAAGAAGAGUGUGUGUGAUGCUCUGUUAGACUGGCUUAGGAAGCUGACCGAAUACAUACAAGCCAACUGCGAAGCCACCAACGAGAAAAAGCAAAGCAAGCUGUGUUUUGCCGCGUUGCCGUCUCUCUUUGGAGUGCUGCGGGCGCUGAGCGGCACGCUGCCGGAACGCGUGGAGACGUGCAACUCGCUGUUCGCGACUGACUUCCCCGUCAGCACCAAGGCCAAUGACAUUGCGAACAACCGGCGCAGCACCAUGCUAAAGAGCAUACACGGCCAUCCGUUGAAAGACGGCAGCGUGGACUCGGAAGCGGCGGCUGCGGCGGUAUUGCGCAACCGACGCAAGAGCAAGUCGACGACAGCGUUUGAUGAGAAAACCGAGCCACUUCUUGCAGCAUCUCAGGCUUUGCAGCUGGAUUCCAUCUGGAGCAUACAACACGUGCAAGUCAUUGUCAAGACCAUUCUGUCCACUGCAGACCAAGCAAUAUGUGAUAAGUUGGACGCGUCCUUGGAAGAUUAUCGCACAGUUGCCCCGACGUUCCCUCACACGACGUUUAGCGACGAGCUCAUAUUCCACAUCCUCUCGCUAGCCAGAGAUGUUCUGGCACCUCAUCGAGCCUUCUCGGUGCGUGAGUUUGCCGGCCUGGUGCAGGAGAAGGCACAGACUAUGCUCUCGGUGGGCCAGAGUCGUGUGUUCAUGCCGCGCCGCACCAGCGAGCCCGACCUCACCUCUGCCAACCAGGCGUCGCUGAAGCAGCGCUUGCAGCCGGGCACGGCGGCCUACUCGUCGCGCAUCGAUGCCAUGGCGUCGGCACUCGACUUGCUCGUGUGGAGCUGCACGUCAGAAACAGGUUCGUUCUGUUCUGAACCCCUCCCAGAACCGUGGAAAGGUGCUGACAGUAUUCUGCAGAUCCUCACCAAUCAGUUGGCGGAACAGGCCUCGGCUCGUUUUGAGCUUAGUCACCUUGCAUUGCGCUUUGCUGCUCUCUCCGGAAUGGGUACAAUUGCCGAAUCCUUUCCACAUCUGGCCAGCAUAUGCUUAGAAACAAUCAGUGACUACCUGACCGACCCGUCCCCGCUGCUGGUGCGCCUGAACGAGAAGUGCCAGAAAGGCGGCCCGCAGUCCACCAUGUCCACUGAGAAGUUCAAGUUUAGUGCCGGUGCCACCACAACGGAUGGCGCGACGUACCAUCGUAACGAGCUGCGCAAGAUUGUCGACUCGCCAAUGUCGGCAGUGGCCCAGGUGGUGGAGCUACUGUGCAACUUGGCAGUGGAGAAUAUUGUCAGGUGCAUUCGUGCCGGCGCCCGUACAAAUCCAGAGAAGGCCGGUGCGUUUGUUUCAGCAAUGGCUACUAAACUUUACACACUGGAGAACCGCGCGCAGGGGCCAGUGUUUGAGCUAGUUGGCCGCAAUUUGGUUGCCUUGCUUGGCCAGCAAGCUAGAAUAUUUCAUCAGACCAGUGGCGUAUCAGAUCUUGUCUUCACAGCAUUUCAACAGAGGCUAGCGCAUCCCCCGUCCAAGGUGGAUAACAUGAUCCUGGAGGAAUUGGCUGGCUUGAUGGUUGUUGCCGGGGGAAAGUACCAGUCCCGCGUGCUGGAAGUGUAUCGUCUUGUCCUCGAGUCAUCCAUCUCAGCUACGUAUGAUCCGAACAGCAGUGCCAUUACCUACACACACUGCUCUCAGAGUGUAUACACUGGACUCGAGAAUGUGGCUGGGGAAUUGAAGACAGAUGCUGAGAAGGAACAGUUGUUACAGCGUGUCCUCGACCUCUUUGUGCAGCAGGCACUUGAUGGAAAAAAGCAGAGUGAGAAAGCCUCAGCUACAACCAAGGCAUCGUCGCAAUCCUUUCAUCUCGGUUUCCUGUUGUCUAUUCUCGCCAAGCUACUGUUUGGAUUACCAGCCAUUACAAGCUCUGCUCCGCGGAUUCGCAAACGCUUCUUCGACUUCUGGCAGUUUGCUGUGGCAUACGGCUUUGCCUCCGCUAACUCGGCAAUCUGGCCUGAGGAGUGGACGCGGGCGAUCCAGCACAUCGCUAUAAAGUCACCGCAUCUUCUGCUCGGCUUUGAUUAUCUGAAACGGGAGCUGAUGCACAACUCAGUGCUGCGCGAUGAGCACGUGUCCGUAGCGGAGCUGAAUGACCUGCGCGCUACACUGCGCACGCAGCUCUGCUCCAGUGCAGAGCUGGACGUGUUCAUAAACAAGCUUGGCCCUACGCUCUGUGUCUACAUCCUCUCCAUCUAUUACCUGGAGCAGCUUAGGGUUCAGGAGCAGCCGUCGCUGAUCGUCGAUCUGUUUGUUUACCUAGAGGAUCGCGGCAUUCGGAUCAACAAGGAUGGCCUGCAGUCGUGUGUUGCUGCUGUUGCCGAGCGCAUUUUCCAGCAGUAUUUGGACAUCAUGGCGGCACGGGUCAAGUCCAUCUCCAGCGAGAAAGAGCUAGAGGAUGUUGCCAUCUACCUGCUUGUCCAGUUCAACAACAAGCUCAGUAAACGUGUUGCUCGCUUGGCAGACAGUUUCUUUUCCAACAUGGCAGAGCGGUUUCCGCAUGUGCUGUGGAAUCGGCGCAUUAUCUUCGCCCUGCUUGACAUGCUGGCUGCCCUGACGGACGUGAUGAAGGAUGAGACUUCAGCCGGCCGUUCCUUCAAUAUGGAUGUUCCUGGAACGGUGUAUAAAAUCAUCAUCCCCGAAGAGCCCGACUCCAGAGAGCAAACGGUGCGUGACUUCAGUGAGCGCUGUGGUGAGAUCCUCGCUGCCAGUAUGAAGCAUGCACCCAAGGAGACCAGACUGCAGCUACUGGAUUACAUGCUACUGCCCCAGCACGCUACGCUAGGCCUGGUCACACACGUUGGUGUGGCGCUGGCUGCAGAGAUUCUCCUGGCGAACACAGGAGCCAAUUCUUUUGCCGAUGGCCUCUCUCCCGCUGCCCUGGAGAAGUUGCCUAACUGCAUCACCCAGGACGCAUCGUACUCGCCCAGUUUGCUGGCACUCAUUAGCAAACACACAGGAGAGGUGUCGGGAAUGAGAGCUGUGUGGAAGUCAACAUGUGCAGAAAACAGUAAUCGUUCUCUGACGCGUGUCUUGACGGAGAAGCUGGUCGAAGCGGAACAAGCCUUUCGUGCAGGCACUGGCAGUGAACAGGACUACACAACGGCUAUGUUCCGCCUUGCUGCUCAGUUCAUUAGUUUACCUGGUAUCGACCGCAGUCUCUUGCACCAUCUAGUCCAUUCUCCUGUCCGUCUCUUCACUGGUGCAUCUAUGACCACUGCCAUUUCAUGUUGGAGGUGGAUAAUGGCAUCACGGCCAGAGGCUGAACUUCCCCUUGUACGAGUGAUGGCCAUGGCAUGGCGACUGACCAUCGAUCAACGCGUCGGUCUGUUCACGAGCGGUGAGCAGCCGCCAGUGUCCUUUCUCAGCUUCAGGAAGUGUGAGCAGGUCACACCGGAUGUCAGUGCACACAAUGUCUGGAUCAAGUUUCUGGUGGACUACUUUGAGGUGAUGAAGACUCGCAGCACUGAUGUGAUUGACAUCAUGCUCAAUCUUCUACAUCAGUCGAUGAGUGUGGAUAUCUCCCGCAGCAAUCCGAAGAAGACCUUUUUACCGUUGAUUCGCCAUGUGUCAGCUGCUGGAGCCAGAUUCAGACUGUUACAGCUGGGGUUAUCAAUGGUGCAGUCGUCCAAAGUGCAGCUCUCACUCAGCUCCAACUUGCUGCGUGUCAAGCUAUAUUCCACUGCUCUCGACUAUUUCAGUAUGGCUGCAACCUGGCCCACACAGACAGCAGCCACGUUGCGUGAGGACAUCACCGUUCUAAUCAGAGUGUGGCAGCUGUUCAGCAAUGAGCGCAAGUUCCUUCAGGACAUGAAUCAUCCUGUGCUAGCACCGAUCGAACCGACUUCAUCCGAUACACCAUCGGCCAGUAGUGGUUUGGCGCUAAUGAAUUACGAUGACAGGCAGCAAGGCUGGAUGAACGUCAAGCCAGUAGCACCCCGUCAGCGUAGCUUAGUAGCAUCUAACUCCGGUCUGGCCGAUGUGUCCGACACGAUCAGCCUCAAGUCCGAUGGGCAACCAAUCCUGAAGCAUUUCCAGAGGCAGCGCAUACUGGUCCUCUCACUCCUGCAAGAAGAAAUCGAGCGUCUGAGCACGUGGCACAAUCCACUUGGCUCUCCGGAGCUAGCAUUCAAAAAUGAGGAGGUGGUUCAUUCAUGGAACAUCAACAGCGUCGCAGCUCACGUGUGGGUUGAUUGCUGCCGACUCGCCUGGGAUUCUUCGCCUCACUUGGCGGUGGAGCUUGUCAACAGACUUGGCAGUAUAGAGACGAUACGCCGUGAGGUGCCUCGUCUUGUUCAGUCCAAUCCAUUGCCCGUGGUGUCAGUGGAGGAUGCACUGCAGCUGUUUACUGGCGAGCGCUUACUUCAGUCAGACGUGGUGGAGCUAACGCACGUACUCUGCUGGACGGACGUGCCUGCUAUCACCGUCCUGGCUUUCCUCUCCAACCUGCACCCGCCUAACAUCCUCACUGCCCAGUACACUGUGCGGGUAUUGCGCAACUGCCCUGUUGAUGAGAUAUUGUACUAUAUACCUCAGCUAGUGCAGGCAGUACGCUAUGACAAGAUGGGAUAUGUUACCGAGUUCAUCACAUGGGCAGCCAAGAAAUCCCAGCUGCUUGCUCAUCAGUUUAUCUGGAACAUGAAGACGAACAUGUUCACGGACGAAGACUCGAAGCAUAAAGACCCUGACCUGUACGACGUCUUGGCUAACUUGGUUGACAGAAUCACAAGCGACCUCUCUGGCCCGUCGCUGGCGUUCUUUCAGCGGCAGUUUGCGUUUGUCAAGGAGGUCACCGAAGUCUCUGGCACAAUCAAGCCAUACCCGAAAGGUCCAGAAAGAAAGCAAGCAUGCUUGGAAGCACUCAGCACUGUCAAGCCCCCUCCCGGCGUCUAUCUUCCAAGUAAUCCUGAAGCAAUUGUCACCGACUUGGACAACAAGUCUGGUAUUCCUCUCUCCAGCGCUGCCAAAGCUCCGUACCUGGCGAAGUUCCGUGUACAGCGUUGUGGCAUUGAUGAACUGGAGAAACUGAACGAAGAUCUGUAUUACAAGGAUCGCGGUGAGCAGCAGCCGGACAUCUCUAUUACUUCUGACACGGCAGCGGCGGCUGCUGAUACCUUUGGCGACACUGUCAUAUCUGUUCCCCGACCGCUGAGUGAAGGCGAUCCAACCUACUGGCAAGCGGCUAUCUUUAAAGUUGGUGAUGAUGUGCGCCAGGAUAUGCUGGCACUCCAGGUUAUCGGCAUGUUCAAGCGUGUCUUUGACGGCGUUGGACUUCCAUUGUUCAUGUACCCGUAUCGUGUAGUGGCCAUUGCACCAGGGUGUGGUGUAAUUGAGUGUGUACCCAACAGCAAGUCUAGAGACCAGCUUGGCCAGAGCACAGAGGCUACGCUCACCGAGUACUUCAUACAGCAGUAUGGUGCGGCUACAUCAGCCAAGUUCCAGGAGGCCCGACGGCAUUUCAUCACCAGCAUGGCUGCGUACAGCCUGCUAACGUUCAUGCUGCAGAUCAAGGACCGACACAAUGGCAAUAUCAUGCUGGAUGAAAUUGGCCACAUCAUUCACAUAGAUUUUGGCUUCAUGCUGGAAUCGUCUCCUGGUGGUAAUCUUGGGUUUGAGCCUGACUUCAAGUUAUCACCAGAGAUGGUUGGACUGAUGGGUGGCGAUGAGAAUGCAGCUCCGUUCAAGGUGUUCAUGGAGCUGUGUAUCCGUGGCUACCUGUCUGUGAGAUCGCUAAAUCAACAACUUGUGGCAUUGGUUGCACUGAUGUUGGACACUGGACUGCCGUGUUUUAGAGGCAAUACUAUUGAACCACUCAGGACUCGUCUUCAGCCUCAGCAGCCACCGCGGGUGGCAGCCAACUACAUGCGCAAAGUCAUCAACGACUCCUAUCUCAGCUAUCGCACCCAGUUCUACGACUACCUGCAGAAGGUUCAGAACAACUACUAUUUCUAAGCGAACUGCAGCGAUUUUAGUGGCUGCCGCGGUUCGCCUCUGCACGCGUCUUCCUGAGCCGCUGGAUGUCUGGUUGGGCGCUUACCUCCACACGUGUAGCAAGGGCGCAUGGCCGCACUGCGUGAGACGUCAACAUGCUUUUGUUUUGUUUACAUAUUUGUACCAUACAAGCGACUCUGUUUGCUUGCGUUUUUUUUUACUGCCGCUGGAAGGCACUUGUUUGGUUGAAACGGCUGUGGAAUGCUCAGCAUGCAUUUAUGGUCUUAUAAACUCUCUCUCUCUCUCUCUCUCUCUCUCUCUCUCUCUCUCUUUCUCUCUUCUCGUCUGCAUUCAGUUUUCCUUUAUCAGAUGGCGUUUGCAAUGACUGCUUUACACUCAAAUAUUUAUGACUAUCAUCAUGAUUGUUAAUCCAGCCUUGAACAGGCACCCAAUGUACACACCCAAUGUACACACCCAAUGUACACACCCAAUGUACACACCCAAUGUACACACCCAAUGUACACACCCAAUGUACACACCCAAUGUACACUGUGUACUUUUCCUAGAAACUUACCACUGACCAAGUGCUAUGUACUAAAAUUUCAUUGAUUUAUCGCGUGGCAGCCUUUUUUCUCAUUUUACUGCCUUGUUUGCAGUCACGUUGCUAGCGGUUGAGUAGUUAGUGGUCUUGCGCCGCCACAUUGCUAACUGUUACUGUUACUGUUACUGUUACUGUUUCAUAAUUUUACACUAACAAUAGUAACAUGCUUUCAUAUCACUGGGCUGGAUCUAGAUAGUGUUUUUGCUUUUUUCAGUUUCUUUUAUCCUUCUCUUGUGAGCCCAUUAUGUGCUUGCUUGUACAUACCUGUGCGUGAGAGUGCUGGUGGUUGUCUGUGUGGGUGUGUUUUUCGUAUUGUUUUCUAUCGUCACGCUGUUCAUGGUUUUGCAAUCGUUGCUAUCAUUUGCCUGAGAUAAUGGCCCCUCUACCGAUGACCAUUUUCAUUUCAAUCUGGACUAUAUCGGACUUUUAUAACUCUUAGGUGAUAUCAUCUCUUUCUAUUUCUUUGCCAGGACAGAUGGAUAGCUUUUGAAUAGCUCCUUUUGAUCUUGAUAA